AUGAAUUCAUUCGAUACUGGUGGAGGAGACAAUCCUUCAUCAUUUAACAAUAAUAAUAAUAAUAAUAGAGACUAUAGAAAUGAUUCAUCAUAUAAUAAUAACAAUCAACAACGAAAUUGGAGAAAUGAUAGAUUUGGUAACAAUAAUAAUAAUAAUAAUAAUCGAAGAGAUUGGGAUAGAGGAAAUGAUAAUGAACGGAAUAGUUUAUCUUCAUCAGGUGGUGGUGGUGGAAAUAGUUCAAGAGAUUAUAGUGAAACGUAUCGUGAUAAUGCUAGAGAUAGACCACCUCCUCGUGAUAAUAACAACAACAAUCGUUUCAACAAGGAAAGAGAAAGGUUUGGUGGAAACUACAACAACAACAAUAGUCGUGGUGGUGGACAAGAUAGAGAACGAGACAGAGACCGAGAAAGAGAAAGAGAGAGAGAAAGAGACGAGGGUAAUUGGGAUACCCCUCCACCACCACCACAUCCAAAGAUUCUCGAUAAAGAUAUAGAUUAUAGUAACCCAAAUAGAGAUGAUGAUCAUAAUAACAACAAUAAUAAUAAUAAUAAUAAUAAUUAUACUAAUAGCAAAUAUAAAAGAGAAUUUAAUAAUUAUAACAAUAAUAAUAAUAAUCUCAAUAACAAUCAUAAUAAUAAUAAUAGUAAUAAUCAAGAUUAUAAACGAAGGAGACUAAGGGAAGUUGAACCUGGUGAAUUAGAUGGAGUUGGAGGAGGAGGAGGAGAUAAUUUUAGAAACAAUAAUAAUAGUAAUGGUAAUAAUAAUUUUAAUAAUAAUAGAAAUAGAUUUUAUAAUAAUAAUAAUAGAGAAAGAUCACCUUCACGUGAUAGGGGGAUGAAUAGAUCGACAUCCCCACCUCCUCCACAUCCACCUCCACUCCAUGAUGAUCAGAUUGAUAGAGAGAGAUCGUCACCUUCAUCGUCUACUACAAAUAGUGGUGGUUUUAAUUCUGAUCGUUAUAGCAACGGUAGAGCACAAGGAAAUAAUAAUAAUAAUAAUAAUAAUAAUAAUAAUAAUAAUAAUAGCGGCGGCAACAAUAACUUUUAUAAAAACAACAACAAGUUUGGUUACAACAACAACAAACAAUCCAAUUUUACUUAUCAUGAUCGUGAAAAGAUUUAUGAAGAUCAAGAACGAAAUAGUAAGGGACAGUCCCCGACCUACGAAUCGUUGCUCAACAAAUAUUCAGACUCCAAGGUGACGUCUACGCCUCCCCCUCCCACCUCUACGUCCUCCUCGUCAUCCACAACCUCUUCCUCCAACCAGUCUACGCCGUACCCCAAGUCUGGUCAUGUAAAGGAAUCCUAUGUACACAAUCACAGCCAACCCGUCGAGUUUAACUUUAUGAAGCAACUCGAACAAAUCACAUCUGAGGGUUCAUCUCGGCCUUCCCCAUUCUUUGAUCUCGACCGACCGGAACGCGAAAGACUGGAACGUGAACGAAGUGACAGAGAGCGUUUCGAACGAGAACGAUCAGACAGAGAAAGACAGGACCGCGAAAGAAUGGACCGUGAACGAUCGGAAAGAGCAGAGCGUGAACGUAUGGAUAGAGCCGAGCGUGACCGUUUGGACAGAGAGAGACAAGAACGUGAAAGAAUGGAGCGCGAACGUUUGGACCGUGAAAGAAUGGAACGUGAGCGCAUGGACCGAGAAAGAUUUGAACGUGAACGACUGGAUAGAGAGCGCUUGGAAAAGGAACGACUGGAGCGUGAACGAAUCGACAGAGAAAGAUUCGAGAGAGAACGACUCGACCGAGAACGAUUCGAACGUGAACGCAUGGAAAGAGAAAGAUUCGAACGUGAACGAAUAGAAAGAGAGGAACGUGAUCGAAUAGAAAGAGAGAAAAUAGAGGUUGAACAACGUCACUUGCAAAUGGAGAAAUUGGAACGUGAAAGACAAGAAACGGAAAGAAUAGAACGUGAACGCAUUGAAAGAGAAAGAUUCGAGAGAGAGCAAAGAGAAUCGUCUGAACUACAACAUCAACAACAACAGCAAAUGCAACAACAACAACGAAUGUUGAUGGAAGUGUCUCACCCCAAUGUUAUUGUUCCACCACCUUCAAUUGAAAAAGAGAGAGAUAGAUUCUCUCUUGAUCGUGAAGAAGAGAGAGCACAGGAUUUGAAGCGAUCUUCUGCCAAUGCCAUUAGUUUUGGUGGCGGGUGGGGGCAGGGCUUGGUAUCAAAAAACAAAGAACUGGCUACCCCAACCCUCGCUGGCAAUACCACACCAUCAUCUUCUUCAACCACCUCCUCGCCUGUACUUCCCACCGUUGAGUUGCAGGUUGGCGCGUCACAACCAACAACCGUCAUCCCACAACAAACACCUCAACCUCAAUCAUCCCUCCCCAAUUCAACAAGUUCAUCGUCCACGACGACCAUGAGUGGAGAGUUCCCAGUUCCCAUGUCCCCAACAUCCAAAAAAGAUCUUGCUCCCACUUCUCCCAUGCCAACAUUGUCUUUGUCUUCAUCGCCAAUGGUUCCUCUAGUAUUUUUAGAUAAUAGUAGUAAUCCCAAUCCAACCAUGUCUAGAAUUCAUAAUAAUCAACAACCACCACUUCCUCUACAACAACAACAACAAUUACAACCAUCACAACAACACCAACAAAUGCCUAUACAACAACAUCAACAACUACAACAACAACAACAACAAAUACCACUUGCACCACCUUCAACUACUCAAUUCAAGUAUCCACAACAACAACAAUUACCACCACAAUUAAUAUCACCACAACACCAACAGUUUCAACCAGCACCAACACCACCUCCACCUCCACCAUUUCCGUCUGACAAGGUUGUGUUUAAAGGACCUGCUGCACCACCAUUACGAUCGACAAGAGAAGAUGUCCCACAACUUUAUCCACACCUCCCAUCAAAGGAACAGAUUAUCAUUAGCAUUGAUAGUUUAGACAAUGAAAUCACUGCUUUUGAAAAGGAGAUAAAGUCACUUCAACAAUCACUCGCAAGGAUUACAAAUGGUAUCACCAAACAAAAGCGAAAGGAACAAAAAGAGAGGGAAAAAGAGCAAAAGGAAAAGGAAAUGGAGAAAAAAGACAAGAAAAAGAAAAAGAAGCCCGUUGCAUCCCGUCCGGGACUCAAUGGUUCGUCGACCAUCAAAAAAGAGACUGGUGUAGCCACACUAACCGUCACGAUAUCACAGACACAAAACCAACAAAAUAUAUAUCUUGCCAACCACGAAGCCGCCAAGAUUGCCCAAGAUAUGGUGUGGAUGUCUAUCGAUGACGAUGACUCUUCAGACGAAGAAGCCCAUUAUUCCAGCGUUGAAGAGUCGCCACUCUAUCAAUCCACAAUUGACCGAUACGAAGAGAUCAAGGAUGAGAUUGAAUGGGAGGAUUCUCACAACAAGCCAAAGAACGAGAAGCAACAAAAGAGUUCGGGUCGCCCCGCAUUGAGGGCUGCCGUCACCACUACCACCCGUUCAGCAACCAGUCGAUCCGGUCGUCCCAUUGUAUCGGAUGCUGUCAGAAGUGAGGCAGAGUUUAACGAAAUCAUGGACCAACUUCGCGAACAAGACAGUAUGGAUCCCAACAGUCGAUACCUUUCCUCUUUGGCUGAAGUUCCCCCAAUGCUAUCGCCAAUGGAACGUGAAUUACAAUUUAUAAACUACAAUGGUCUUGUCGAAGAUCCAAUUCAAGCAGACAAGGAUCGUAAACUUUUAAUUCAAUGGUCAACUGAUGAAAGAGAAAAAUUUGUUAAAAAAUAUUUACAAUAUCCUAAAAAGUUUGAAAAAAUAGCAUCCUUUUUUGAAAACAAAACUACCGAAGAUAUGGUAGUAUUCUAUUAUACUAACAAGAAAACAUUAAAUUUGAAAACUCUUUUAUUAAAUGCACAAGCCAAAAAGAGAGGAGGAAGAAAAAUAAGUGUAAGUCCAAGAGGUAUAUUAAUUAAUUUAUUAAUAGAUUCACAUCAAUUUUUAUCAACAACAAAUAGUAAUACAAAUGUAAAUAGUUCACCUGUAUUGUCAUCACCUAAAACACCAAAACCAAGAAGUAGAAAACAAGUAGUCGAAGCAACAACAUCAACGUCAACAUCAACACCAACUACAACAACAUCAACAUCAACAACAGAUGAAACGUCAUCGUCGGCAUCACCAAAUCCACCAACCCCAAGAUUAACGGCAAGAGAACAGGUUUUAUUAGCCACAUCUGCAUCGGUUGCUUUGGCUUCACCUUCUAUUAAACCACUGACCCCCAGUGUCACAACCACCGCCACCGCCACCACUCCAUCCCUUUCUUCAACUGCAACUGGAUCCACCUCGACACACUCACCAAGCAGCAGUAGCUCAACCUCUACAGCAGCAGCAGCACCAGCAUCCUCGUCGACUACAACGUCUUCAUCGUUGCCGCCUACCGCCGCCCCAACUACACCAACAGAAGUUGUAGGAGAAAUGAGAUGGAAUGACCAAGAACGCGAAUCUUUUACAACAGCAUACAACAAAUUUGGAAUGGAUUUUAAAUCAAUAUCUGAUUUUAUCAAGACCAAAUCCUAUUCUCAAUGUAGAAGUUAUUAUUAUAAUAGAAAACGUCGUUCCAGGUUGGAAGCAGAGGCAAAGAAAAAAGAACAAGAAGAUUCCCCCUCUUCUUCUUCAUCUUCCUCAUCAUCUUCAUCCUCUUCAUCUUCAGAUUCUUCCGAUUAA